CGUGAUAGUAAGUACGAGUCACGUGACGUGACGUCAUCACCGCGACGUGGCAGGUAGUGGCAAAUUGUCGGCCAUUUUCAGUGUCUGUGGUUCUGUGGAGGUCUUUAUUUCGCGUUUUCCGAGGGAUUUUGGUGAAUCAGAUUGCUAAACAAAAUGGGCAAUAUAUUUGCCAAUCUCUUUAAGGGCCUUUUUGGCAAGAAAGAGAUGCGUAUCUUGAUGGUGGGGUUAGAUGCUGCUGGUAAAACUACAAUCCUUUACAAGCUCAAAUUGGGUGAAAUUGUAACCACUAUCCCCACAAUUGGUUUCAAUGUUGAAACUGUGGAAUACAAAAAUAUCAGUUUCACAGUGUGGGAUGUAGGUGGUCAAGAUAAAAUCAGACCUCUAUGGCGUCAUUACUUCCAAAAUACACAGGGACUCAUUUUUGUAGUAGAUUCAAAUGAUCGAGAGCGUAUAGGUGAAGCGCGAGAGGAGUUAAUGCGUAUGUUAGCUGAAGAUGAACUCAGAGAUGCUGUGUUGCUCAUAUUUGCUAACAAACAGGACUUGCCAAAUGCCAUGAAUGCAGCAGAGAUCACAGACAAAUUGGGACUUCAUUCUUUGAGGAACAGGAAUUGGUACAUCCAGGCAACGUGUGCCACGAGUGGUGAUGGCCUUUAUGAAGGUUUAGAUUGGCUGAGCAAUCAACUGAAGAAUGCAAACCGCUAAUCUUUAGCACCAGCAGCUCACAUACACACACUUUUUAAGUUUAAUAACUAGUGAGCAGUGAUAUAUAAACAUAUAUCAAUGAUGUUGCUGGAUGGAUCAUCAGGAAGCUUUUUUUUGUGCAAUUGCACAGGAAAGUUAGUGAUGACAAAUGACUAUCCUCAUUGAAAAGAAUAAAAAAAAUAGACUGGUAUAAAAGGAAAGUUAUCAGUGUGUAACAAACACUGUGAAAUAUGUAAUCCAUUAUAAAAUGGCUAGGUGGGUCUCCCCACUAGCCUAAGGAAGUAAGGAAGGAAGCAGGUGGUCAGGUGCUGGGUGAAUUUUUUUUUCUUUACCUUUGCCCCGACAUGUGCAGUGAACAAGUGGAUGAUGGGCUGGACAUAAUAGCAAUGAUGUUACCUCAAAUUGUGUUGUCAGAUGUGUGAAUGAAUUUUAAGUGCUGAACGGAGGAGAACAUGCCUUGCUGUUUGUCCAGUCUUCAAGUAUCGAAUUCAAAGUUAGGU